GGGUAACGAAGUGAGACCCGCGUAUAACUCCGCAACUCGGGAUAGUUCGGCGUCCAAAAAAGAUUUGUGAACAUGUGCGUGAGAAGAAGAAGGGUUUUCAAACAAAGGGCAAGCUCUUCGGAUGUUUUUCCUUAAAUUUCACAACUUUAUAAGAAAACUCUACGCACAUGUGCAAGCCGUAAAAAUUAAAUUCUGUUCAAAGCGUUUUCCUUACAAUAUUUAUGCUUUUCCUGCCUUGAAGAGACUUUCUUCUGGCUUAUUUCUAUCUCGGGUGCCCAUGUAUCUUAUUUUUCCGAACUGUUAAUACUACUUCUAAUCUCAAUGUUGUUUCAAAUAUUCCCCCCAGUAUUUCAUCCAUUAUAUUAAAACGGAAUCGUCUGCCAACUGUAUUUUGUGAAACUGUUAAUGGUUGUAAAAAUGUCAUCCGAAGAGGACGACCAGAUUACGGAUUUGGAGGCAAUUCGCGACAAAAUUUUGAGUCAGCCACGCAGUGAGCGAAUGCAAGUAAGUGCCUGGGAAGAUGACGAUGACGGUAUUGAAGAGGACCGAAACGCGAGAGAACCAGACAGUAAAGCCAUCCUAGAAGCAGCUGAAAAAGGUGAUUUAGAAAUGAUCAGACAGCUGGUUAUCAGAGAUCCUAGUUUAAUCCAUGCCACAGACCAUGAUGGUUAUACUCCUCUUCACAGAGCCUGCUACGGAAAUCACGUAGAUGUUGUCGAGUACUUGCUUGAAACUGGAGCAAAAAUUGAUGCUAAGACCAAUGACGGCUGGGAGCCGCUGCAUUCCGCGUGUUGUUGGAAUCAUGUUGAUUGCGCAGCUGUGCUGAUAGCUAAUGGAGCUGAUAUAAAUGCUAAAUCAAAAGGAGAUCAAACGCCUCUUCAUUUGGCAAGUGCAAGUUCUCACAAUUCUCCAGCACUGCAGCUGCUACUUCUGCAUUACAAUACUAAUCCACAUUUAGUGAAUUCCAGUGGCGAUAAUGCGGAGCAGAUCGCAAGACGUACUGGAAAAUAUUAUCCUUUAUUUGAAAUGAUAGAACCUUGUCUCAAUAAUAUUUGAGAUCAAUUUAGAUUCUAUAAGUUUGUUCUUUGGAGAUAUUGCGACAGCAAAAUUUUUACAAAACAUUGGAAGUGUAUUUUGACAUGUUACAAAAAUUUUAUUAAAAAAAUCUAAUAAAUGUAUAACCAUGUA